AUGCAGACCGUCGAGGCCGCCAGCGAGGAACGAGCCUCCGGGGAAUUAAUCAACCCAUCGGGUCAUCGCCAGGAACUCGAACGGAAUUUCAGCUUGCUCAGUAUCUGUGCCGUGGCCGUCACAACCGGAAACACUUGGAUUGCGCAAGGUGGUAGUGUGACGACUGCGCUGAGCAAUGGAGGUCCGCCGGGUGUGAUUUACGAAUUUAUUGCUGUCUCGGUUUGUUACUGGUUAGUUGCAGCGUCGAUUGCGGAGCUGGCAUCUGGUAUGCCUUCGGCCAGUGGUGUUUAUCACUGGGCUUCGAUCACCGCUGGAAAGUAUGGUCGUCCGUGUGGUUUCUUCGCUGGUUUCUGGAACUGUCUUGCUUGGAUCUUGGGUGCUACUUCGAUGUCGUCGAUCCUCGGCCAACAAACCGUUUCUAUGUACGCCCUCAUGAAUCCCGGCUUCACACCGAAAUCCUGGCAUAUAUUUGUCAGUUUCGUCAUCUGCACAUGGGUCUGCUGCUGCAUCGUCCUGUUCUUGAACCGCAUUCUUCCAUACAUCGGUAACCUGGGCAUGUUUUUCAUUCUUGCUGGUGUCUUCGUUACGAUUAUCGUCUGCGCAGUCAUGCCCCAUGUCAACGGCCAGCCGUAUGCGACCAACGACUUUGUCUGGCGCGAAUGGCAGAACAAAACGGGCUACGAGAGUCAAGGGUUUGUCUUUGUCGCAGGAAUGCUCAACGGUGCUUACAGUGUGGGAACUCCCGAUUGCUCCUCGCAUCUGGCGGAAGAAAUCCCUCAACCCAGCCGUAACAUCCCCAAGGCCAUCCUGGCCCAGAUGAGCGUUGGCUUCGUCACCGGUAUCUUUUACAUGAUUGCCAUCUUCUACUCGAUCAAUGACCUCCCAAAGGUCAUCUCCAGCGUCUACGGUUUCCCCCUUGCCGAGAUCUACCACCAGGCCACCGGAACCAGAGGCGGAGCUCUCGGAUUGCUGAUCGUCGCCUUCUUGCCUACCUUAAUCACUUGCUGCGGCUGCUACAUCACCGCCGGCCGUACUCUCUGGACCCUUGCUCGCGACAGAGCCACCCCCUUCCCCAAAUGGCUCGGCCGCGUCAACAGCAAGAUGCACAACCCAUUCAACGCAACCCUGGUCUGCGGCGUCAUCAUCACCAUCCUCGCGUGUAUCUACGUCGGCUCAUCGACCGCCUUCAAUGCCUUCGUUGGCUCCUUCGUCCAACUCUCCAGUCUUUCCUACUUUGCCGCCAUCUUCCCGCACAUCCUGACCCGUCGGUCGUCAUUCCAGCCCGGCUUCUUCUGGAUGAAGGGACUUAUUGGCUUCAUUGUCAACGCUAUUUCCUGCGUCUACAUCGUUGCCUUCGUUAUCAUCUUCUGCUUCCCCUACGCUCUGCCGACUGAUGCCGCCUCGAUGAACUACGCCUGCUUGAUUACUGGUGGUCUGACAGUCUUUGUGGGCGUGUGGUGGCUCUUCCGGAUGAGAUCGUAUGAGGGACCGAAGAAUAUUCCUCUGACUGACAAGGUCGUUCUGGAUGAUGCGAGGUGA